GCGCACCGCCUAGGGCCCGCCUCCGCUAAAGACUGCCGGCGCAUGCGGCCGGGCUUAUUCACUGGCUGCCAGGGUUUCCGCGCACGUCGCCACUCAGCUCUGGUGCUGACGGGAGGGUCUGAAGUCGGCCUCAGGUCAAAAAGUAAAAUGAAGUACAUUCUAGUUACUGGUGGUGUUAUAUCAGGAAUUGGAAAAGGAAUCAUUGCCAGCAGUGUGGGCACAAUCCUGAAGUCAUGUGGUUUACAUGUAACUUCAAUUAAAAUUGACCCCUACAUUAACAUCGAUGCAGGAACAUUUUCUCCUUAUGAGCAUGGUGAAGUUUUUGUUCUGGAUGACGGUGGGGAAGUAGACCUUGACCUGGGUAACUAUGAGCGGUUCCUUGACAUUCGCCUCACGAAGGACAAUAAUCUGACCACUGGCAAAAUAUACCAGUACGUCAUCAACAAGGAACGUAAAGGAGAUUACUUGGGGAAAACCGUCCAAGUUGUCCCUCACAUCACGGAUGCCAUCCAGGAGUGGGUGAUGAGACAGGCGUUGAUACCUGUGGAUGAAGAUGGGCUGGAACCUCAAGUGUGUGUGAUUGAGCUUGGUGGCACUGUGGGGGAUAUAGAAAGCAUGCCCUUCAUUGAGGCCUUCCGCCAGUUCCAGUUCAAGGUCAAGAAGGAGAACUUUUGUAAUAUCCACGUCAGUCUAGUUCCUCAGCCAAGUUCAACAGGGGAGCAGAAGACUAAACCCACCCAGAAUAGUGUCCGAGAACUCAGAGGGCUUGGGCUUUCCCCAGACCUGGUUGUGUGCAGGUGUUCAAAUCCUCUUGACACCUCAGUGAAAGAGAAAAUAUCGAUGUUCUGCCAUGUUGAACCUGAGCAAGUGAUCUGUGUCCAUGAUGUCUCAUCCAUCUACCGAGUGCCCCUGUUGUUGGAGGAGCAAGGGGUCGUAGAUUAUUUUCUUCGAAGACUUGACCUUCCUAUUGAGAGGCAGCCACGAAAGAUGCUGAUGAAGUGGAAAGAGAUGGCUGACAGAUAUGAUCGCUUGCUAGAGACCUGCUCUAUUGCCCUUGUGGGCAAAUACACCAAGUUCUCAGACUCCUAUGCCUCUGUCAUUAAAGCUCUAGAGCAUUCUGCACUGGCCAUCAACCACAAAUUGGAAAUCAAGUACAUAGAUUCGACGGACUUGGAGCCAGGCACCGCGCAAGAAGAGCCCGUGCGCUACCACGAGGCUUGGCAGAAGCUCUGCAGUGCUCACGGUGUGCUGGUCCCAGGAGGAUUUGGUGUUCGAGGAACGGAAGGAAAAAUCCAAGCAAUCGCCUGGGCUCGGAAACAGAAAAAGCCUUUUUUGGGUGUGUGCCUAGGAAUGCAGUUGGCAGUGGUUGAAUUCUCAAGAAAUGUGCUGGGAUGGACAGAUGCUAAUUCUACAGAGUUUGACCCUAAGACCAGUCAUCCCGUGGUUAUAGACAUGCCAGAACACAAUCCUGGGCAGAUGGGCGGAACCAUGCGGCUGGGCAAGAGGAGAACCCUGUUCCAGACCAAGAACUCGGUCAUGAGGAAACUCUAUGGAGACCCAGACUACUUGGAAGAGAGGCACCGCCACAGAUUCGAGGUAAAUCCAGUCUUGAAAAACUGUUUGGAAGAGCAAGGCUUGAAGUUUGUUGGCCAAGAUGUUGAAGGAGAAAGAAUGGAAAUUGUGGAGUUGGAAGAUCAUCCCUUUUUUGUUGGGGUUCAGUACCACCCUGAGUUCCUGUCCAGACCCAUCAAGCCCUCCCCACCAUACUUUGGCCUCCUCCUGGCUUCCGUGGGGCGACUCCCGCAUUACCUCCAGAAAGGCUGCCGGCUCUCACCCAGGGACACCUAUAGUGACAGAAGUGGAAGCAGCUCUCCUGACUCGGAAAUCACUGAGUUGAAGUUUCCAUCAAUAAAUAAUGACUGAUCUUGUAACGGAUGAUGCUUCAAGAGAGCCUUCAAACUUUGGUAGCGUUUACAGCUUUGAUUUUACACUCGGCUUUUGACACUUCCUUUAAAUUAUGUUUUUACUCAGAUUAUUUUAUUAUAGGGGAAAGGUUUUGGGAAACUUUGUCACUUGCAUGUCCCAUCAUGUGUACUGGCUCCUUCUACGUGGUGUGCUGCCUGCUGUGCAAGUCUCCUUUGCAGUUCUUGAGUUUCUGAGACGAGAAGCGGAACGUCCGGACGGGAACCGAGGGUGGUUGGGGCUGGUCGAGUGCCCCGUCGAUCACCUUGUUUCCCCAGCUACCUCGCGUCACUGCCUGUUGCUUUCCCUGGGACGCCUAGACCGUAACAAAGUGUGCCACGGGGACUGGAUGAGCACAGGAGGAUAGCUUUAGCUAGUACUUGCCAUGCUUGGUGCUGGGAACCUGAGGGCUGCUCGCCACUAAGAAGCAGUGAAGCCAGAGACAGACUCUCCCUCCUGCCCUGAGUUGUGGGGACUCUCAGUGCCAACUUUUGGCGGGUCCUCGUCAUCCAAAUGGAUGGUCAGUUUGGCGUCACAUGAAAUAGCAAGAAGUCUCUCUCUCAAGUGUGAUCUUAAAAUCUCCCUGCCUCUGGCCGCGCUUCCAUUCCUGGGGCUGGGAAACACUCCUUGCAUCAAGGGGUCACUUUGAGAAGAACAAAGAGUCUUUUGGGGAAGCUGCCUCUAACACCCUCUCAGAUACAGACAGCUUUGACUCGAGGGUACUUUUUUCUUUCUGGAUGGUGUUAUUACUGCAGUCGAAAUGCAAUAUAAAAGCUAUUUUCUUAAUGUGACAUUAACAAUAGGCACAGCCGUGUGCGUACUAUAUUCUGGCUGGACUCAAUGUAUACUCUAACUUAAGAAAUAAAUAAUGCGGAACAAGAGA